AUGGCUUCAGAGGAUUCGAUCCAGGAUCGCGGGCGAUCUGCGAUCAUAGGCAUGUACAUUGUGACAGCAUUGUCAACAAUUGUGGUUCUGAUUCGUCUAUACGCCCGUGGCAUUUUAAUCCGCGAACUGGGCAGGGAUGACUAUCUUAUUGUGAUCGGACAGCUGUUCGCCUGGGCCGAUAUGGCACUGUCAAUAAUGGUCGUUCGUUACGGUGGUGGCGAGCAUCUAGCAGACCUAAUCACUAAUCCAGGGAAGAUGGUCAAAAUGUACAAGUGGCUCGUCGCAGCCCAGAUGCUAUACUUUUUCGCCCUCUGGAUUUGUCGAGUCUCUGGUUUAGCGUUCUUCGCGCGUCUAAACCCCAUGCCCAGGUUCAAACUAUACAUGCGUAUGGCAUUUGUGUUUGUGACCGCUGUAUGGGUGGCGCAGACCCUUAUUAUUGCGCUUCAAUGCAUUCCACUCCAAGCAUUGUGGGACUCGAGUAUCACUGGAAAAUGUCUGACCUCGACACAAGUCUUCCUCUCGACUUCUAUCAUGACCAUUAUCUGCGAUUCUCUGAUUUUGGUAUUACCGGUGAACAUUGUCUUGAAGCUGCAAGUCAAUUUUGCGAGAAAGGCGACCCUGCUUUUUGUCUUCUGCUUUGGUGUCUUUGCGAUCGUUACGUCCGUCCUUCGCAUGGUUUCCAUGAUCGUCGCCCUUGACCACCCGAGCGAUGUCACCUGGUACUUCUCCGUCGUCAUGACCUGGAGUACCUCCGAGAUUGCCGCUAUAAUCAUCGCACUGUCGUUGCCCGCCUUAAGAGGCUUGUUUGGAAUCCUACGAAUGAAGAACCGCUCUACCGAUCAGAGCAAAUCAAACGGCACGGGCUCUUUUGGGCUUGCACCCGUUCCACCAGCCCAAAAUCGGAUUUUCGACGGCUCGAUCCAUCGCACUACCGUCGAUAUCGAUACAAAGAGGGGAUCGAGCCAAGAGGCUCUUUGUUGGGAUAUGAAAGACGCAAAUAAUAUUCGAGUCAUGGAUACAGUCCAUGUGGAUAUUGAUGACGGGUCGGAUCGGCAUACACAAUGA